CUUAAAAAUUUUGAAAAUAAUUUUCGCUGGUUGCCAUGUUUGUCAUUCAAAUGUUGACACCCGUCAUUCGAGUUUCGCCCUCCUAUUUAAUAUUUAUAGCACGUGAAAUGAAGGCGAUGUAAACAAGAUUGUGCCUUCUUGUUUUCUCAAGUGGCGUUAUCGCAGAGGGUGAACAGUGCGUACGUGAUCAUUAGAGAAGGUGCUGAAAACGGAAAAUUGCUGGAAAUUCUGGAUCCGUCGAUUGGGGGACGAUGCUGUUUAUUACAGACAAACCUGUCUCCAUGAAUGAAUGGAAAGAAACACAUCGCGCGGAUGUGGAGAAGGUUUGUGCUCGCAAAAGUUCGAAGGAAGAUGUCGAGAUCCUCAGUCAAAGCAUGGAAGAAAACCAGGCUGUAGUUGAGGGGAUGAAAAGCCGCGUACCUCCCCCUCAAGUUAAGGGCGGAAGGAUUCGUCGACACUCUUCGUACGAACCAAAUCUCGAUGAUAUACUGGAGGAUGAGGAACAAAAAGCAAAAGGAAGAGCGCAGAGUCGAAACCUCGCGGAAAUCCAUCGCGAGCGAGCAAGAGAUUCUGGGUUUUUAAAGAGGGACCGCGAAGGACGAACCUGGCGCAGACGACACUUCGUGAACAACAACUGUCCAAGAGCGCGGUCGUAUACAGCUUGAUGAUCUGACUAGCUAACAGCCACGAUUUGUGUCGGUGGUGCCAACGAAAGAUCGAUCUUCAAAACAUUACUUUCACUUAGUCACGUGCACUCACAGUUCCAUGUGCAAACACAACAAUGGCUAAAAAAGCCAACUUUGUCUGGCGACAGGUAAUUGUAUCCCAUGGGUAUUUUCUUGUACACACAUACAACUGACCCUCUUAGGAAAAGAUGACAAGGAGCUGGCAACCACAACGCCCUCCAAGUAAAUCUUUGAACGAGUGAUGGCCAGAGCGCAACGAAACCUUCGCAAGUAUUUGUAAUCACAUUAUCUCAUCUCCAAUGCAUGUUUUGAAAUUAGCGAGGCGCUAUAUGUCACGUCUUAGGGUGAUACCUUUUAUAAUAACAACUUUUUUCACAGAUUCAGACACGGAACAAUUUCAGUGGGAUUUUAGUAUACAACAGUCGAACCACAGCCGCCUCAGAAAAUUGCGAUUUCGAGUUCAAUAAGGCCUGCUUCAAGAGCUUCUGCAGACAAACACAAAAGAAAAGCAUGUUGAUGAGGACAAAAAAAUAUAAUCUUGUUUUUUAUUAUCAUUUGUCACUGAGACAUGACAUGCGCCCUAGCUAAACUCACUCUGAAACAGAUUUACUUUCAGAGCUGCAAAAGCUCAAAUGUAAACCUUGAUUCAUGAGUUAAAUUAACACUGACUCAUUUGUAAAUAACGCUCAUAUGUACAGUUCAAUUCACUCAAUAGUUGAGACCUCGUUCUCUUCAUUUCGGAGAAAGCAAGACGGGUUUUUAAAACCCUUAAUUUUGUUAAAAUUUCUUUUGAACGGGCGGAAAUACCAAAAAUUUAUAUUUUGAGGAACAAGUUUAUUAAAUCUUCGCUUUUUUGAGAGUCCUCAAAGCAGCGGAAUAGCUGCAUGGCGUUUAUUGUAUUUUAAGCGCCUUUACAUUUCUAUUGUAAUUUAAAUGCACGUGUGGUUGAUAGAAGAAAAAACACCAACCCCGGAUGCAAUCGACCUGAACGUUUGUUGAUAGACUCCGAGGUGGUCCAAUACUCGCAGUAAAGAGACGUAACUUACUUAAACAUAUAAUAGAAGUGUAAAAAUUUAAAGAAAUAUAUAAUUAGGUGAAGAAAGUACGACUCUAGAGGGCAGAAAUGCAUGAAAAGACAAGUUCUAUCCUCAGUAAGAUGUCCUUAUGUCGCAUUGUUGUAACCAAGUUCCGAAAAUUGUAACUCUAACACGUGAAUACACCGACACUAGGAAAAAAAGGAGCAGCUUAAUUGUUUUUUGGUUGAUCUGUCAGUUCAUUCACGUGCCAUUGAAACUCCGAGUUCCGUAAAUAUCAUAGGCUAAUUUACGUGUAUUUAUUUUGUAACUAACGUCCUACUCAUUGUUUUUUCGCCUCAGUUGAUGUUUGUAUAUAAUGUAAAAAAUAUAUUCAGAAGAAAAUGUCUUGAUGGUCUUCCUUGGUUUGUUGUUCGUAACAUUUUCUGCAUAUUACAAACUUUUAAAUAAAUUAAACCAUAGUCAGAUAAUUUACAUAGCAGAAAUCAUUGGAAACAUGUUUUGAACUAAGUCAAAAUAAAUUUGCAUGUCAAAAGCGGUUUUUCCGGGUAGCUUCUGUCACGUUUGCUCUCAAGCAAAGCCUUCUUUUUAGAAACAGGUUUUUAAAAACAAUUACUGCAUUCCAUUAACGUAACUGAGCAAAUGAUAUAUACUUGAAGGUCGUUGAAACUGUUUCACUAAAAAAAUUGACUGCAACAUUUGUUAUAUUAAAGCCAUACAAUGAUUUUCAUUAGGAUUUGAAACUCUUAAAAAAGCUGCAGUCAACAGAUAACUUUUCACAUGGCAUUUGAGUGACCAAACAGACGUUUUGCGAGCAAAAACCUGAGUAACCGUAAACAUGGUAUACCAUCCAGAAUUUAGGAUGGCCUGGGCCACUCUGCGUUUAAUUUUUACUAUGGGGACAGAAAACAUAGAUAUUCGUGUAGU